AUGGUUAAAGGAGGCAAGGGAAUGCAUGGGCUGAAAGGGCCUAAACCUAAUGUGUGUGCUUUAUCUGGGAAACAAAUAUGCAAUAAUCUGUCUUUAAAGGCUUCAGUGUUUGCGAAACUCAGGGAUAUUAGAACUUUGCGCCAGAUGAUUGGGUUGCCUUGUUGUGCAUGGAAUGAAGAUGUUGUUUCUAUGGUGGCUAGCAUGUGCAGUAAUGUAUGCUUUCUAGAUGAUGAUGGGGACGAUCCAUUGGCAAUGAAGAGGUUGUGCUCAGGGUCUCUCAGGGGGUAUUCUUUAUGUUCGGGACCUAAUGCGUUUUUGAAAAGCACUGUUCAUUGUACGGAUAAUGUGGUUAUAGUUGGAGGAGUUUGGUUUCCUUUUAGUUUUCCUUAUUACAUGGUUAAUAUUUAUGCUCCUCAAGGUGUCUGGGAAAAAUUUGACCUGUGGCAAUAUCUUAAGGAUUUUAAAAGGAGGAAUGGGGGGAAUUACAUGUUUUUUGGAGACUUUAAUGUUGUUAGGGAGGGGACUGAAAGAAUGGGGUCGGUUCUUUGUCCUAUUACGACUUCUGAUUUUAAUGAUUUUAUUGAUGAUAUGGGUCUCAUAGAUGUGCCUAUGAUUGGGAAGCGGUUCACUAGAAUCGAUGCUAUUGGUUCGAAGUUAAGUAAGCCGGAUAGGUUUCUAGUAGAUGAAGCUUUUUAUGAUAGAUUUGACCACCUUCAAGUUUCGGUUCUGGAUAGAAGGUGGUUUGAUUAUUGCCAUAUUUUCUUGCAUGUGUCUUUGGUGGAUUAUGGUCCUUCAUCAUUUAAAUUCUUCAACUCUUGGUUAGAGCUUGAUGGAUUUAAUGAUAUGGUGAAAGAGGUUUUCAAGGAGUUCGUGGUUGACAGGUCUUGGAGUUAUAAGGAGGAAUCUAGAGUUUCUAGUAACCGUCUCUUAUCUAGAUCGGUUGAUAUUGAUAAGACCUUUGAUGAUGGUGGCUCGUGUGAUGAUUUGGCUCGGGAGAGAAGGGCUAUUCUCAGUGAAUUUUGUGUCAAUCCUUGGUUUCCCAUUGGGUGUAAUUCUUCUUUUAUUACAUUGAUUCCUAAGAUUGAGAAUCUUAUUCGUAUCAACGAUUAUCGGCCUAUUAGUCUCAUUGGCAUACACUUUGAGAUUAUUGCUAAACUGUUGGCUAAUAGGUUAGCACCGGUCCUGCAUGAUGUUAUUGGGUUGGAGCCAUCUGCUUUUCUGAACUCCAGCCAAAUUCUAGAUGGUCCUCUUCUUGUGAAUGAGAUGGUUCGGAGGAUGAUGUUUCUUGGUUUUGGGGAAAGACGAAGGGCUUGGAUUAGGGCGAUGUUUUCUAAUGCUUGUUCCUCAGUACAUUUGAAUGUUUUCCCUGCGGAUGAGUUUCAGUUGUUUAGAGGGUUGAGACAAGGUGACCCUUUGUCGCCUUUUCUCUUCAUUAUUGCUAUGGAGGGUCUUCAUAUUUCUAUGGAGGAUGCGGUGUCGGAAGUUGUGUUUAGGGGGGGCCAACUUGAGUCACAUGAUUUAGCUAUCUCUCAUUUGUUUUAUGCAGAUGGUGCUAUUUUUCUAGGAGAGUGGAAUGAGAAUAAUGUCCGAAAUUUGAUUCGGGUGUUGGGAUGCUGCUCGACUGAAUCUUUUCCAUUUGUGUAUCUUGGUGUUCCGGUUGGCGAAUCUUUGGUGCGUGUUAAAGGAUGGAAAAUAAUUAUAGAUCACUUCAAGAAGAGAUUGGCAUCUUGGCAAGCUAGAUUGUUAUUUAUUGGUGUUCGUUUAAGUCUUGUUAAGUCAGUCUUGGGUAGCCUUGGUAUUUAUUACUUAUCUACUUUUAGGCCUCAUGUUGCUGUAUUGCAAGCUUUGGAGAAUAUGAGGGCUCUUUUUUUUGGGGUAUGGAAGAGGAGGAAGGUUUUUCUGGGGGCUCGAGAAUACAAAGCGGUGGUGGUGUUUGGAAAAAAAAUUGUUGGGUCUAUUAAUCAUCUUCACGGGAGUGGUUUACUGCCUUCGAAUGUCAUGGCUAGAGUGACUGAGAAUGGAGCUACUAUUCGGUUUUGGCACGAUGUUUGGUGCUUGGAUGUUCCUAUUAUGGUGCAAUUCGGAAUAUUUUUUGCACUAGCUUCUAAUCAAAGUUCUUUAGUUAGAGAAUAUUGGUCUCCGACGAGUUGGGUUUUUGCUUGGCAUUGUGAUAUUAGAGGAGGGGUUGAACAGGAGCAGCUUGCAAGUUUGAUGUCUUUGUUGGAUGAAUUUUAUCUUGGCACGGAGUCAGACAAAUGGUUUUGGAAUCUUGAUAAUUCGGGGUGCUUUUCAGUUAAAUCGACUAGGAGUUGGAUCGAUGAUUCGAGACUUCCGUCGGGUUCCUUGCCCACUUGA